AUGAUAAAAAAUAGAGGGUCAUCAUCUAAUAAAACAUCCAACCCUUAUGCACUUUAGAUGUAAGAAGAAGCAAAAAAAAUGGUAUUAAUGAAUCGUAUUCUUAGGCAGAAAAGUUAGCAAAACUAAAAUAAAACUUGAAUUCAUAAAAGAUGGAAAGAUCACAAAUAAGUAAAUAAUCUGGAGAUUUGACAGAUAGCUCAAGGUGGUAAAAUUAUACAACCCCAAAUAAUCGAAGUAAAAUGCAUAAUUAAUAAAGUUCUUAAGGAUAGGCCUCCUUCAAAUAAGUCAGAACCUAUUGAAUCUUUUUUGAAAUCGAUCAAAUUGGAUACUUAUGUCUAAAAGUUCAAAGAAAAUGGAUUUGAGGAGUUGGAUAUUCUUUUUGACAUUUAAAAGGAAUAGCUAUAACAAAUGGAAAUACCAUUGGGGCACUAACUUAGAUUAAUGAAAAAAAUCAGAGAACUCAAAUAAUCAGUAGAAGUGAAUGAAGUAAUUUUUCAAAAUGAAUCUAAAUAUGAUGAGUUAGAAGGUAUACCAUUUUAUAAAAAUAGAACCAUUAAUCGACUUAAGCUUCACUAACCCUAAAAAGAGAUCAAGCCUGCAAAAAGAAAGACAAAAGAGUGUAAAAAAAGUCACGUUUAAAGAAAAGGAUGAUUAGAAAGAAUAUUCAAGAAUUGAGUAAUCAUUCCACUCAUCCUUCAUCUUAAAUGAAUUAGAAGAAAUAUCUAAUUAUAUGCAUUAAAAUCAUAUAGGAGAAACUUCAAAUAUAGAUAUAUAAACUAACAAUGAAUUAGACCAAAUUGAUAAUAAUAUUAGCUCUGUAUCUGUUUCUAAAUAAAAACCAUAUGAUGAAUAGAAUGCUAGUAAACUUAGGAUAAAAAAGGUAGCUUGCUGGAAUUGCUUUAAAUUAUUAAUUAAAAACUAUAUUGUAGUAGAAAACAAUGAAUUUUGUAGCUAUGAAUGUUUUUAAAAAUAUAAUCAUUUGUAUCUUGUAAGUAUUUUCAUUAUAUUGAAAGGUUUAAUGUGUAUGUUGCAAUAAAUAAUUUGAUAUUAGAAUUGGAAUACUACUUAACGGAUGUAGUCUUUGUGACGAAUAGUGCUCUUAAAAAUAUGAUUUCUAAAUUAUGAAGGACAAUAAUGAAGAAAUUGAAAAACAGUUUUUAGGCUCCAAAUGCAUAAAUACAUGUGAUAAAUCCUAAAGUUAGUAAAGUCAGGUUGAUUUGAAUUUUGAUUGA